CGUCUGUGUUGUGCGUCUGCAGCGACCUGAAGACCAGGAUCGAGAAGGAGGGCACCAAGCGGGAGCUGCUGGGCUCCCAGAGCCGGCUGUCUGCGUCGCUGUGCCUGCGCUGCCUGCAGCCGUUCCGCUUCCUGGUGAACAGCCGGCGCCGCUGCCUCGACUGCAGCAUGUUCACCUGCAAGAGCUGCAGCCGCUUCAACAAGAAGGAGCGCGGCUGGGUGUGUGACAACUGCCGCAUGACCAGGGUGCUGAAGAUCGGCACCGUGGGCUGGUACCAUGACAACGUGAGAAACCGCUUCAAGCGCUUCGGCAGCGCCAAGGUGAUGAGGUCGCUGUACAAGAGGCUGAACGGAGACGGUAGCCGUGACGACGACACUCAGAGCAUGCCGGACGUCCGCAGCCACGGGUAUAACGGUACGGAGGACGACUACGGAGACACCGAGGUUCAGCGCUACAAAGUGAUGAGGAAGAGCAAGCGUCUCCUGUCGGUCCAUCCCCUGGACUUUGACCCCGAGGAUUAUUACCCAACCUCCAGACGUCCGUCCAUGCAG